AUUUUCUUUUCUUCGAGUCGCGACGUCGCAUAUAUUAUUUAUCAAAAUACAAAUUUUAUUAUAUCAAAAUCAUAAAGCUAAAUAAAUACGACACAACUUCCAACAUUUUCUCUAACCAGAAAGAAAAAAAAAAUGAAGAAGAGUAUCGAAACUCCGUUAUUGUUGAACACCAAACAAUCACAAGACGAAGAUAAAGAAAAAAUAAGAUGGGAGAAGAUGAAGAAAGUUGCUUCAAUGGCUGCUCCAAUGGUCGCCGUGAACAUGUCUCAAUACCUUCUUCAAGCAACUUCUACAAUGAUCGUCGGUCACCGGAGCGAACUCGCUCUCGCCGGAAUCGCUCUAGGAAGCUCCUUUGCUAAUGUUACCGGCUUUGGUGUUCUUGUAAGCAAGUAUAUGAACCUUUAUAUAUAUAUAUGUAUUGGAUUAAUUUGUUUCUAAUUAUUGUUGUAUACUAUAUAGUUUGGACUUUCAGGUUCAUUGGAAACACUAUGUGGUCAAGCAUAUGGAGCAAAACAAUAUCACAAGCUUGGAUCUUACACUUUCACUUCAAUAGUUUUCCUUUUGAUUAUCUCUGUUCCGAUUUCGAUUCUUUGGAUGUUCAUGAACCAGAUCUUGCUGUUGCUUCAUCAAGAUCCUCAAAUAGCAGAGUUAGCUGGUGUGUACUGUCUCUGGCUGGUACCAGCUUUAUUCGGUUACUCUGUUCUCGAGUCGUUGGUUCGAUAUUUUCAGUCACAAAGCUUGAUUUAUCCAAUGGUCUUGAGCUCUCUAGCUGCUCUGUCUUUCCAUGUUCCUCUCUGUUGGCUAAUGGUUCAUAAAUUUGAUUUUGGAGCCAAAGGAGCGGCUGCGUCUAUCGGUAUCUCUUACUGGCUCAACGCGGUUUUUCUUUGGGUUUAUAUGAAACGCUCUAGUCGUUGUGUCGAAACGCGGAUUUAUAUGUCCAAGGAUGUUUUUGUUCAUACAAAUAUCUUCUUUCAAUUUGCCAUUCCUUCUGCAAUGAUGUGUUGCCUUGAGUGGUUAGCUUUCGAGGUCAUUACUUUGCUGUCUGGUCUUCUACCCAACUCAAAGCUCGAAACAUCGGUUAUUUCGAUUUGCCUCACGACCUCUUCAUUGCAUUACAAUCUAGUAAAUGGAAUUGGUGAUGCAGCAAGCACCAAUGUGGCUAAUGAGCUAGGAGCUGGGAAUCCGCGAGGGGCUCGUGAUUCUGCUGCGGCUGCAAUCAUAAUUGCAGCUGUUGAGUCAGUUAUUGUGAGCUCUAGUCUGUUCUUGUCUCGCAGUGUGUGGCCUUAUGCAUAUAGCAAUGUGGAGGAAGUAAUUAGUUAUGUGACUGAUAUCACUCCUAUUCUUUGUAUCUCAAUCCUCAUGGACAGCUUCUUGACCGUCCUCUCCGGGAUUGUGAGAGGAACAGGGUGGCAAAAAAUUGGAGCUUAUGUGAACAUAACCUCUUAUUAUGUCAUUGGUAUUCCUGUUGGACUUCUAUUGUGUUUUCAUCUUCACUUCAAUGGGAAAGGACUUUGGGCUGGUUUAGUCACAGGAUCAACAUUACAAACUCUAAUCCUAUUUCUUGUUAUUGGAUUUACCAAUUGGAGCAAAGAGGUGAUUGUAACCGCGUAACUCGCUUUUUUCUGUUUCUAAUCCAUCAUUCGAUUUUUCGAGAAAUCGAGCUAAUAUUUGUUUACACAUUUUUUCUUCAAUGAAAUUUUGCAGGCAAUUAAGGCUAGGGAGAGAAUUGGUGAUGAGAAAGUUUGGAGACAUGACUCAUUGCUUAAUUGAAGAAAAAAAGAAAUACAAACUUUUGGGGGAUUUUGAUUGCUUCUUUUUUUGUGUGUGUUUGUGCAAUAACCUUCAGUUGAUUGUAAUUUAUAUUGAAAGUACAUUAUAGUCUUUCAUAUGAUAUUAGAGUGUAAGAAAGUUUGAAAAUAUAUCUCAGUUAAAAAAUGAUCUGGUAUAUAAUAGAUGAAUUAAAGAGUGACCAAAGUUGAUUGGUUCAAGCUUAAAACUUC